CAGCGUGAUAAAGUAAAUAAGUCUCGUUGAAAGAAAGAAAGAAAGAAAGAAAGAAAGAAAGAAAGAAGAAAGAAAGAAAGAAAGAAAGAAAGAAAAAAAGAAAGGAAGGAAGGAAGAAAGAAAGAAAGAAAGAAAGAAAGAAAGAAAGAAAGAAAGAAAGAAAGAAAGGAAGAAAGAAGCGCGCGACGCACCGGGAGCAGAUCCAGCUGCUGGAAGGAAAAAAUAAUAAAAAAAAAAAAAAAAAAACGCAAAGGUUCCUCCCCCGACCUCCACAUCUGGAAUAAAGUCAGCGCGAGAGACAUCGCGACAUGAGUAAGAAGUGAGUGAGGACACAUACAGCUUCGAAAAAGAAAGAGAAAAGUUUUCCGAAAAUAAAGCAGAAGUAAUCGGGAUGAAGGUUUUUCUAGGAGUGGUCAUGGCGCUCGCGCUUCUCCCGGUGGAGGGAAGAAAACCGCAUAACGGCAACUGCGUGGCUGAUUUGUGCGUGACCGUGCACGCCGACGUGUCGGAUUUUAACUCAGCUAGGACAUCCUGUAAGGAGCAAGGAGGACAUCUGAUCACGGUCCGAUCCAUGCUGGUAAACACUGUCAUCUCAGAUCUGAUUUCUGGACACUCUGGAGACUUUUGGAUCGGAUUACGGGACGACUCAGAAUCCUGCUUGGGAUCGGACGUGGGUCUGAAAGGGUACUCCUGGAUCACCGGAGACAACCUGACCGACUUCACGAACUGGAAGGACGAGCCACGGGUUUGUUCGCAGAGAUGCGUGGCGCUCUCCGGUGCCGAUCCGAAAUGGACCGGGCGACACUGUGACGAUCGGAUCGCUGGGUAUUUGUGCGGACACGACAUCAGGGAGGAAAAGUGCAAACCGCUCGCCGUCGAGUCCCCGGUUUUGUACGAGACACCUUUCGGGUUCACCAGUGAAAAGCUCCAGGAGGUCCCGAAUUCCAGCAACGCGACCCAGAAGUUGUCGGGAUCCAAACACAUUUGCUACUCCGGUGCCUGGAUCACGGCACCUUGGAGUUGCGAGGUCUAUAAAGGGGGAUGUGAACACAACUGCACCAGGGUGGAAGACACCUACGUUUGCACAUGUUUUCCAGGAUACAGGCUCGAGAGCAACGCGGUGGGCUGCAGCAGGGCGCUCGGCGGGGUCGACCCGUGUCAGAAAGCAGACUGUUCGCACGAAUGCAUCAUGAGCGGGGAGAAAUACAUUUGUCAGUGCCGUGAAGGUUUCCGUCUGGAACAGGACGGGAAGAGCUGCACGGAAAUCGACCACUGUACAGGAGCGUGUCCGGAUAAAAACUCGUACUGCCUGAACAGUCCCAGGGGCUUCGAGUGCCUGUGCAAGGAGGGUUUCAGGAAGGAAAAGGACGUGUGUGAGGACGACGACGAAUGUUUCUCUGGACCUUGCGAACACAUGUGUAACAACACCGUAGGGAGUUAUCACUGCGAAUGCUCUGAAGGAUUUAUAGUGUCCCCUGAAAACACACACCAGUGUUUACUCUUCUGUCCAGUAUUCGAUUGUCCGGCUGUAGCCUGUGACCUCAACAAACCGGACCAAUGCUACUGUCCUGAAGGCUUCAUCCUGGAAGAACGUCCGGACGGCAACUUUUGCACCGAUAUCGACGAAUGCAUGGCAUCUCUGUGCGACCACAGUUGCGACAACGUCCCCGGGGGUUACAUCUGUUUCUGCAGGCCCGGAUUCCGUCUCGUCGGGAAAACAAAAUGCGUCCCUAUCGACCUGCUCGGGACGACCGUCCCGUCCACGACCGAGGCUCCUCCGGUUGAGACGACCUCGUCCAUCUCGGCCGGAGCUCUUCUCGGGAUCAUCGUGUGCACCGUGUUUCUGGUUCUACUGAUGGUCUGCUUGAUCCAUCACAACAGGAAGCGAUGUGGGAAAAUCAGCAUGGCUAAAGACGCGCACGCUUUGGAGCAAGCCACUGCCGAGACGUACGUCAAAAAGACCUCGGUGGGGAGCCUUCAUUACAAUUAAAACCAUGAACUGUCACCAGAAACAUAUUAGAACUGAAGAAAUAAGAAAUAAAAGAAACUGUUACUCCGAAGACACGAAGCCACGAAAUCGCAGACGAUUUUAUUUGUAUUUAUUGUAAUAAAGGAAGCGAUUAUUCCUCUGUGA